CGAUGUUCUUCCACAGCGCUGACUGGGACCUUUUCUCCUCAAGCUUAAAGUGAAAAAGUCACUGAGGGGAGGGGGGAAAAAACUUGACAAUUAUGAUCCACACCGCGGAAUGCGCCGUGGACGCGCAAAGCCUGAUCUCCAUUUCCCUCAUGAAGAUCCACAACUCCAGGACGCAGCGUGGAGGCAUCAAGCUGCACAAAAACCUGCUGGUCUCCUAUGUGCUGAGGAACGCGCGGCAGCUUUACAUCAAGGAGAAGUACGCCGAGAUCUACCAGAUGCAGCAGUACGAGGAGGUGAUGGCGGUCUGCAACGAGAUCCAGGAGCUGGACCCGCUGGACGUGGACGACGAGGAGGAGGAGGAGGAGCAGACGCGGGCGGCUUGCUGCGGCGAUGCGGCGGCGGUGGCGGCGCACGGCCGGGUGGCGAGCGCCCUCCCCGGUAAAGACCCGGAAUCCUGCUACCGGAGCUGCUGCGUGGACGUCUCCGGUGAGCAGACCCCCGCCGACAACUGCAACAAAACCACCGUGUUGGACCUGGACACGCAUGUGGUGACGACGGUGGAGAACGGCUACCUCCACCAGGACUGCCGCUGCCGCGACGCGCCGCAGGCCGGCCAGGGCGCGCAGCCGCCCGUCAAGAAGCGGAAGGUGGACUUGGGCGCUUGUUGCCCGUGCGACGCCGAGGAAGUGUGCGACUUUUCCGCCUCGCGUAAGCGGCCGAAGCGCGACGAGUACGCGUACUGCCACCCGGACUACACGGACACCUCCAACAUCUCCAACCUCAUCUCCAUCUUCGGCUCGGGGUUUUCGGGACUGCUGAGCAGGCAGGCGGACUUGGAGCAGAUCUGCAGCAAGCAAGCCCUGGCCAGCCUGGGCGCUUGGACCCACGCCAUUGUGGCGUUUUGAACCCAAACCCUAGCAAAUAACACGCUUCACGCAUGUGGAAACCUGGAAAUAUCCUUCAUGGGGUCCUACAUGAGGGCCAAUGGGUUCUAUGUGAUCCCUAGUGGGUCCUACAUGGUCAUCCAUGGGUCCUACAUCAUGAGUCUUACAUGCUCAUCCAUGGGUCUUACAUCAUGAGUCCUACAUGCUCAUCCAUGGGUCCUACAUCAUGAGUCCUACAUGCUCAUCCAUGGGUCCUACAUCAUGAGUCCUACAUGCUCAUCCAUGGGUCCUACAUGCUCAUCCAUGGGUCUUACAUCAUGAGUCCUACAUGCUCAUCCAUGGGUCCUAUAUGCUCAUCCAUGGGUCUUACAUCAUGAGUCCUACAUGCUCAUCAAUGGGUCCUACAUAGUCAUCCAUGGGUCCUACAUCAUGAGUCCUACAUGCUCAUCCAUGGGUCCUACAUGCUCAUCCAUGGGUCCUACAUCAUGGGUCCUACAUGCUCAUCCAUGGGUCCUACAUGAUGAGUCCUACAUGGUCCCCGAAGAGUUUUUUUUUGUUGUUGCAGGGUGCGUCUCCAGAUGUUCCGUAGCUGGAGACAUUUGAAAAGAUGAGUGAACCUUCUCUGGCAGCACAUUAUGGAAAGUCCUUCCAAGUCAUAAAAUGUUCCCUAGGAGGAUGGCGGGCUUCACGUGAACGUGCGUGGGACCUAAUAAGUGUUCUCUGUGCUCAAAUGCAAGAUGCACUUCAUUCUAUAUCCAUGACGUACUGUAAGUACUGUAUGUGUAGGACAUAUUCUUUGCAUGUCUCCAGCAAAGCUGCUUACAAAGAGGUCAUUUCUUCAGAUCCCCACAACGGAAACACAUGUAAUAUGUUGGUUUUCACCAUGUUGUCACACCCGGGGUGUCCAAAGUGGGGUCAUUUGUUUUUAUUAGCCUUGGACAUAGUCUAAAACAAGGGCAUCAAACUCUUCUCCAUUGUAGGCCACGUUAAAGUUACGGAAGCCCUCGCAGGGCCACUUCAUGAUAUUAUUACACAAAUAUUAUUGUUGUUUAACAACAAACUGAUGAAAAACUAGUUUAAUUUCAUUUUAAAAAGAGUUUCAAUGACAAAAAAGGCUUCAAAUAGCUUUUUGCAUAUGCAAAUUGAAAAUACAUGUAUUGAUAAAGAGGAAAUGCCUUAUUGACGCACAUUAUUUACAGGCUAUUGCAGGCCACGUAAAUUUAAGUGGCCUGAGGCUUUGAAUGUGACACCUGUGUCGUUUAAAAAGAAAAAAAAUGCAGAGGGUAAAAAGAGCAAAACAUGGCAAUGUAUGGAGUUAAAGUACAAACAAUGUAUUUUAUUUUUAAAUGUUCAAAACAAGGGUCCCCAAACUACGGCCCACGGGCCGGAUCCAGCCCGCCUUCGUCCAAAAUCCGGCCCGCGGGGAGUCCCAAGUAAAAAAAUAAAAGUUUUUUUUUAAAUAUAUUUAUUUAUUUUUUAAUCUGUUCUCGCUUGUUACUCUCGAUGUCUCCUAGCCGCUCAGGCAAAUCAUACUGUCUAAAAAUGCAUUUUCCCAUCGAUAACAUGACAUCAUAACACCCGCCCGACACUGCGGCGCGA